CAAAGGCAGACCCGGGAGGAGCUAUCUCAGCAUCUGUGGAUCGGUCAGCCCAACACAAGGCUGGGCCGACGUCACUCUACAACGAGCUCCAUGCCCGGAUCUGCGCGAAAAUGCGCUGCGAGGCACACUUCCUCCACAAGACCCCCAAAAGGUAGCGAAGCAACGACUGAGCCGAAGCAACGCAAAAAGCUGCACGCGCCUCACCUCGCAUCACACUCUUGCGCUCAGUCACGCGAACAUCAUCGAACUUCAACGAAUCAGACUACGGAAGCUGGGGGUGGCGUGUCGUGCUUCCUUGGACACUCUCCUCCUGAACCACAUGCAUCACGUCACGCCCACAAAAAAUUCACGACCUACAAAACGGUGUAGGAUCACCUCACUGCAUGUACCAGAGGACCCUUGCCGGUCGUGCGAUCUCUUACAAGUUUCAUAAUUUCAUAAAUCAUAGUGCCCUGAGGAUCAGCGUUGUAUUCUGAUUCCGGUCGUUGUCAUCGUCUAUGAUACCGCGAUUUGUAUUUUUUCUCCUUGUGGGGACUUCGUGUUUGCGUGGUACACCCAGAUCGUGAUUAUUUCUACGAGUUCCUGCUGUGCAAGUGCAGCUUGCUGCGUAGAUUGAGAUUUUAUGUGAUGUUUUUGUUGUUGAACCUUUGGAACAAUGUUGACAAGAAUAUAAGGGCGGGUGAGUGUUGAUUCGACCAUGGAAGCGCCGGCCGCAAGCUUUGCUCCUGAGUCCGGGACGCGGUCUUCUCCCGAGGAAGUACAACAACCUCAAGAGGACAGAGCCGCAGCGUCUUCGCGAUCGCAAUGUAGUGGUGGAUGGUUCUCCACCACAAAAAGCGCGCUCCAUCAGAUAUUUCUGAUGGAUAAUCUGAAUGUGUAUUCUGUGUUGAGCCUCGAGGCAUGGUGCAACGCCGUCAAGGACGGGCUUUGGAUGCGACUCAUGUCCGUCUACGUCUUGGUUCUCUUCGCCGGCGACCCCCGCAACGCCGGCGUCGUCCUCAUGGUAAGCGGGUUGACCCGCGCCUUGUCGGGCGUGGUUACCGGCACACUGCUUGUGCCCGCCUCCAGUGCCGACGUGCUGCUGCAGGCGGCCGGCUGGCUUGGCAUUUUGGGAUUGCUGGCGAACACGUUCACAUUCUGGACCGCCCGAGCCGCAAUUUGCAAUCCUCAGACAGGAGUCUUCUCGAACUUGUUCAGCAGCAUUAUUUUUUUGGCGCGUGAAGAUGAAAACGUGGAAGAAGAUCUUCCUCGUGGCCCCGCUCUGACAUGGAUCGGUGACGUUGGGACCAGAGGACAGACAUUGCUUCAUUCUCCGGAGAACGCUGCGAAAGCAGUGAACGCUUUUGAUGCCGGGGGUGCGUUUUUACGGAGUGACGUAGGUGAGACCUACCAUAUCCACAGUAACAAAUUUCCCGUACACGUAGAAUGUGAAUGAAUGCGGUUUCUGCAGCAUGACUACAAGCUUUUCGUCCUGCAGUGGUCAUAUAAAGCAUGACAGGUGCGUGGCGUUCUUUAAGUAUGGCGAAAUUUGUGCUGGUUUUGGUACUUACGUGAGUUGCAGCUGCAGGGAAUUUGUAUUUUUGCAUAUGGAUAUGCCAUCAAGCCGAGGAGUUUCGCGACGACGAGAAGCAGCGCAUGCUGUUUCUCAAGGUUUUGGCAGUCAACUUCAUUUGGGGUCUGUUCACUGGCAUCUCAAAUGCCAGUGGAGAGGUGGCAUGGGCGCGUUCAGUGGUGUCCGAGAAGCGCGUCGAUGCGAAUCUGGGUCGGCAAAUGCUGAACAAAGCUACCACCGCCUGCGGGCCCUUGCUCGGCAUUUUGUUUGUGAUGUCUCUCCAGCACAACGACAAGAACCAGGUUCAGUUUGCAAGCAGAAGUGCCGCGGACACGACAGUAGAACAUGCUCAGACCACUCCUGGCUACACCCCGCGAGGAGGAGCUCCAAGGGCCUCCGAAUCCGACAUGACGUUCUUUGACCGCAGUUCUGCGCUCAACAUACUGAAUGCGCCGCCAACCACUUCCGGUUCUGACGUGAGGCCACUUGAGCGCAGUUCAACAUCAACUUUGGACACGCGGACGAAGCUGCGCGAGCUUCGGGACGCGGGCUGGUCGCUCGAGAUGCUGAACCACGUGAUGCUCCUCGGCACGCUGCUGACCGUGGUUCCGGUUGUGACCUGUUUCUUUAUGCAUUGCAAAUAUGUCUGGGUCUGGAAGACAGUAACUUGUGAUGCUAAAUCUGCAUCAUGCUAAAAUCUAUCUGUGUUGCAUAAGUGCCAAAAGCUUUCCACUUUCGACCAAGUUGGGAACGGAUUUCUCAUGCAGGACAGGCAUGACAGAGACCUCGCAGAGUUUGUCAUGCUAGGCCCCGCAUUCCAGACCUCAUGGGUCAUGGAAAAUCUGCAUGACAAGUUGCAUUCUUCCAGACCCAGACAUAUUUGCAUUUAAUAUUCUUCUUUGAUCAGCGAUUCGAGAUGCGUCAGAAAAUUCUACUGCGCGAGAUUCGAAAGCUGGUUUUCCUCUAUGGAAGCGUCAGGUUUGAAAUCGUCAAAGUUGAAAUAGUUUGCCAUGCAUAAAAUGCAGCCCUCAAAGUGCCUGUCUUGCAGAGUAGGCAAGUGAGGCAGAUUGUAAGCCUUUUGAGGGAUAGAAACUGAGCUGCUAAAGUAGCAUGACAAAAGGCGUCUUUCUUACCCAAACAGCAUGACAAACUGGAUUUCGGCUCUACCCAAAUUUGUCAUGCGCUACUUGGAAACUGGGUCACGACUUUCAUCCAUUCUAUGCAUUACAAGUUAUUUCAACUUUGUCGAUUUCAAUCCUGACACAUCCAUAUCCUCGAUCCCGAAGUUGUCCCUGUCGCAGCAGAGGGAGUUAGCGACGGUGCCUACAACUUGGCACCACCUCCUCUAGGUCCGCCGCCGACGGGAAAUAUUAAGGCAGAUGAAAGAAAAAAUGAAGGUAAGAGGGAGAAGAUGAAGAUGAAUCAGCCUUACAGGAGAACCUCCUCUGCUGCCGGAGGGGUCGGAGUCCGUGUUGAGGGGUUGGGGGAUGAGAAAGUAGGCUCAGGCUUUCAACACCAUCAUCUCGAUCCAGCUGCAAGUGCCCGAGCGCUGUCGACAUCAAUGGGCACAUCAAUCAUGGCCAAGAAGCUGCGACCCAGGCCCAGCGGCAUCCAGCUUGGCGAUUUCUGCCACAAGGUUGAACUCUAUUGCGACAGGCUGACAAAGUACAGCUUUGUCGCUGCCCGUCCCGGCUUUGUUCGCCUCAGCUACCCUAUCCGGCCCUCUUCGCGGUACGCCAGUCUGUCGGUUUUGAAGAAAACGACUUUGGAGGAAACGGAUCUGCUGCUUGGAAAAUCCUACGACGCGACAAUUAACUUAGCGCCAUUAUUCUUUGAUGAAAAUGGCACGUCACUUCUGUCGAAUAAGCAGCGCUCUCUUAUGAACCACUUCUACAACCUGCACACACACCAGGAGCUGCUUGGGAAUAAGGAACAUGCUAUGGGAGAUGAAAGAGGACCUCCGCCAGUGGGAGGACGACCAGGUGAACAUGAGACCGCCGCCAGCAACGCAAGCAGGAGGACAGAUGAUGAUGACAAUAAAGGCAGCUCUGGUUGUGCUGAUCGUUGGAGCACUUCUAGUACUUCUGCAGCCGCAGAGCCGGAGCCGGAGCUACACAAACAACAGAAGUUGAAGCUCGUGCUCCGCAUUCCAGAGGUGGACCCCUUGGUGAAAGUGGUUUUCAAAGACAGCAGCCAAGCGCCCCUGCGCGCCACACUCAGCAAUCUGAAAAUCUUCCUGGAUCCGGUCAAGUCGGUGGACUGUCAGACAUCGACCAUUGUCUGCUCGCUCUCCCCAGAAAGCGACGAGGCCAAAAUCCUCAAGCGAAGUCUGGCUGCCUCCUCGGACUCCCUGAUGUCGAGAAUAGGCGAGAUCGUCUCCUUGCGCUCCACAUUCCAUACCUGCUACAGGCUCUACAAGUGGUGCGGUCACUGGCGGCGCAGCUGCGACAUCAAGAGCUCCACCUCGCGCGCAGAUCAGGACGCCUCUUCUUUUCCCGGGUCUGAUGCGCGCGAGCGCUCCGCGGCUUCUCAAACAGAUGCGCAGCCAGCAUUGGAAGUAGCGAACCACAGCUGUACUAGCAGAGAGAAGUUCACGACGACGAAACACGACCCCAGGGCGAGCAGUAUUGACGUCACGUCCAUUGAGGCUGCACUUUUUUCCCCUCAGAGUCGUGACGCAUCGAAAAACUCGACAGACAAUUUUUUGCGGUCCGCAUCGAUCCCGCUGCUCAGCGAGAAAAAGACACGGUAUGAACGAGCAAGCGCGAAGCCUGAACUUCGAGGAGGCACGCAGGUAGAAGUCUCUAGAACGGGUAAAAAUGACGCAGCACCCGCUUCUUCCUUUCCCGGAGCUCAGCACCUGCAAAAGGAUUGCGUGGGCACAAGUUCUCUCAGCCAGCCCUUGCUCAAAAAUAUCGAUAUUAAUAGCCCCGCCGGAACCACAGACCAUCUUGGUCUGAGCCCGAUCAUUGCAGAGGCCUAUCGGAAGCACCGCAAGCAGAUAAGUGAGGAGGUAGGUACACGUCGAGAGCGAAACCGAGACCGGAUAUUUCGCGACCUCCAGCUGGAAGACGAACAAGAAGGCCGAACUUUUGCACCCGAGUCUGCACGACCUCCACCUGAGGACAAGCAGGUCCCGCUGGGACCGCAACAUGCUAGCGCAGCAGAGAUGAUGAAAAAGGCUACAAAACAAGAAGGGGCCAACUUCGACGAAAAGUUAGUGCCGCCCCGCCCGUCAACCGGAAUCGUGAAACUUGAUCGCAACAUGCGUAAGCAGCAGCUUCGGGUGAAAAUGCAGCCCGCGCCAGGCGAAAAGGGCAACGUCAAGAAAUCUUUCGGGAGUAGCGCUUACCGACCCAAUCUUUAUGGUGCCCGCGUGAUUCUGGGAUGCGAUCUAUUGAACGCGGUGGCGACCGGGUUUUCCGGGAAGUUGAUUCCUUUGUUUCUGGUGCAGCACUACGGCUUCUCACCGGUGGAUGUGCUGUGGGUGGCCUUUUUUUCCAACGUGUGUGCUGUUUGGGUCGCACCGUACACAAAAACCGUCAUCAGCUGGACCCGAGACCGUGGCUACCCAGGAAAAGCUGGCGUCUUGCUGGUCUGGCUCCUUGGUGCGGGGCUGUUUGUAUCCCCCAGAAAAGUGCACGCAUGCUCAUACCCGAAAACAUAUAUAUCAACCCGCACCACGGGGAGGUUUUAGUGCAAGUGCUACAACGGGGCUGCUCUGUGCUGCUCAACAUGACAAACUUUUCUGAUACUUUUCGCACGCGAAUUGCAAUCGCUGGAGCGCGUAUAGCAUUACAAUUUACAACAAAGAAGCAUGCAUAUUAUAUAUAGCAUUUUGCAUGACAGAGUAAACAUGAAAUUUCCCCUCUCGUUGCGUUCGUAUUUUUCGGAAUUUUUCAGUGACACCCACACCACUUCAGCAGCGCAACUUCUUUUUACCUCUCAUGCCUGUGCUUUUCUGUGACUAUGGGAUAGUUUUCCGUCUUGUGUCUACCGCUGGAAGACUUCCUCGCUCGGGAGACCGCCCGGUAAGCAUAGCAAAUAUGUUUGUAUUCUAGGUUUGAAAACUUGUGUAUCUGCUGUUGAUACACAAGUUGCAGAGAAGCGGCUGCUUGCACGACGUAGCAGCAUCGCAAGUUUUUCGUUGCACCAGUCUUUUUAUUGCAGGUUUAUUGUCAUUCGUCAAAGAACGCAUAAAGAGCACGAAAAAAUAGCUGGAGGUGACCACUUGGACGAUUCACGAUCACGCGCCACACAUCUUGUUGCCCUUGAAUUCUUGCCAGACAAAUCCACACCUAGACUACACAUUUGCAAUGCAUAAGCGCUGGCUUACGACAAUUGCGAUAAUUUUGCGCAUAUCAAGUGUAAAUAUGUUUGGGUCUACUUAAAGGUCAAAGUUGCCGUGAUGCUGGUUGGUCGUGAGUCAGGAGCUUUCUUGAUCACGCCUUGAUUUUUGACGGCCAGGAAUUUUUUGAUGAGGAGGUGUUGCCCAUUCUGCAUAUCAAACUGCGCUCCAUCUGUAUGUCCGAAAUGAAGAAUUGGGCUUCGGUUUGCUGCGUAAUGUGCAUGACAUACUUGAGGGUUAAGGUUAUGCAAGCCGAACAUGACCACAGUGACAAAUUUUGCACUCAUUCUGCUUCUCGAGUAGACCCAGACAUAUUAUUUGCCAUGUAUAGGCCAAUGCAGUGAACGGUUCCGCGAAAAGCUACCUCCGGGCGAAGCUGGUGAGCUACCUCCCGCACGACAAACUUCCAAACUACAUGGCUUGGGACACGCUCAACAAGGCACAGCAGGGCGGGCUGGUCAUUUUCGGGUCGCAGCUCGUCUUUUUCGGUGGCUACCGGUUCUGUUUUGCGUUGACGCUUAUCUUCUUGGCCUUCCGGUGGCUGGUAUUCUACUGGUUUAUCGCUUCUACGCACGGCCGCAACUGGUACCGCCUGGAUGAAAGAAGUGCUACCUCCUCCGAAGUGCAAAAAGUUCAAGUUUCAAGCAGCAGUAUUACGUUCGGCGGAGUAGGGGUUCCAAAUCCAGUGACGACUGGGGGUAAAAACAUCGGUGUUGCCACCGUGGGGCGAUUGAUAAAAACAGCGGCUGCAAACAAUACCCAUAGCAGGGCAGGCGAUUCGGCGGCAGCUGGCCUGCCGCGCGAAGCCCCUGCCCCCUCUCCGCCCGAACGCCAGGCCUAGGCCCAGGAUCGGCCGCAGCCGUCCCACAAGCUGGCCAGAUCGGCGCAGAGGCUGAGGGGAGGGCGCUGCCCAAGGUCUGCACCGGUGCGCGCCCCUGACCCUACCCGGAGGCCCCCCGCGCCCGAAUCUGGCUGGCUCCAGCGCGCUGCCGGCCUCGCCAAACUUUCGCCAGAGCUUGGUGUGACAGCUGCCCGAAGGCGCGUAGGCGUAUAGGGGCUAUGUAUAGGGUUGCUCUCAUGGAUGUGCACAGGCGCGCCAGCAUGAGGUAAAAGAUGGCGCAAAAGCGCCUGCUUCCGCACAAAAACAUGCCCGAGGUGCAAAGUUGUGAAAUAGUAAAAAGCGGUCAGAUUCUGACGAAAAGGAGACCCCUGACCUCUAGAGGUCUGGGGUCUCCUUUGGGGUCUCCUUUUGCCACUUUUGGCUCGUGAUUCAAGAUAGAAGUUGUGGAACCUCUAGAGGUCAGGGGUCUCCUUUGUCGUCUCCUUUCGAGAAUAGCAUGGCGAUUGGAAGCAGAAAAAGCCCCGCAGGAAACUCGACCUCUAGAGGUCAGGGGUCUCCUUUGUGGUCUCCUUUUCGUCAGAAUCUCGCCCUGUUUGCAGUUUCAAUAAAGUAGGCCAAAAAAGGCCCGACCUCUAGAGGUUUUGGUCUCCUUAGGGGUCUCCUUUGGGGUCUCAUCGGCUGUAGUGCCACCGUGCAAGGUGUUGCCUAUAGGUUUUUGUCUCCUUGUUCGUCAGGUCUUUGGUCUAGUUGGUUGCAGUCUAUAGUUCUCUUGGGUACUUUCGGCGGAGUAGGGGUUCCAAAUCCAGUGACGACUGGGGGUAGCGACGAUAUUACCAGCGGCAUCGAUAGAACCCUAGUGGAAAUAGUACCAUCUGCGGAGGACACGACGGCUGCCCCUGUUGGAAUGAACUUCAUCGGCCAGAUGAACGGAGAGUCCAGUGCGCCCAGAGGACCGCUGCACAACACUGCGGCGCAGUUGAAUGACCAAUCGAUGCACCAUGUUAAUCAUACGUCAACACUUGAUGAUGAAGAGAGGAGGUUUAUUGUUCCGAGUGAAAGCAGAAAGGCCAAGGGUGAAGAUGGUCACGUUGACAGCACCAGCACGACUAUUCCUUUUAUUGCACAUGAUCCUGACAGUUUUCCUCGUCCUGCUCCCACCGUUGAUGCGGAUGCGUUGAGCCUGCACAUGAGCCAACAGCCCCUGCUCAAGAUCCCGCUACCGCUGGAUGACUCCCCGCCAUUGCGGAGUGAGGGGGUCAGCAAGCUCCUAGCGGAAUGGGAAUUUGACGACGACGAAGAUGCGGAACUCAUUGAGCUGCAAGGCUACAGGACGAACCACGAGGAAGUUCUUGACAACCAUGACACGGGUUCCUUUAUUGCUGGGAGGUCGACGUUGACGCUCCAUCGACCGGAAGAGUCCUCCGCGAGCGAAGAAGAGGACAAUGCUGCAACUACGACGCACGCCGAGACUGAGGACGCGGUCGGUUUUUUUGGUACGUCGUCAUCAACCGGCGCACGUGGCAGAAGUAGGAAUCGUUUUUCGCGGGAUUGAUCAAGCAACAAGCCUGAUGCAACCAUGGCAGGGACAGGUUUUGAUAUUGUCGUACUAGUUUUUUUCUGAUUUAAGUACUUAGAUAGGUUUUGGUGUCGAGGAGUGUCCCCCGCCGUCAAGAACAACUUUCUGUUUUUUUAUGUAUUAAGCAGAUUGGCUGACCACGGGGACGGGGCGAAGGCGAAGCUCACGGAUGUGCCGCAAAAAUACUUAUUUCGGACGAGGAUGGUCUUUUCAGAUUUAUUUUGCAACAACGAAGUGCGAGUGCCUGCUGGUGACCAGCCUUGGGUAUUUUCUGUCGCCAUUCUUGAUUAUGAUCAUUUGGGGAAUCACCAUAGCCCCCCGCUUUGAUCGUGUUGGUACGACCACUUGCAGUGGUGUGAUGUUCUUCAUGUGGCGGAAGUUCGUCGGGGAUUAACGCUGUUUUCUGUAUUGUCUAAAUGCACAUAGAGUGCUUAUUUCGUAGUAUCAUUCGACGAUGAUGUUUUUCUUUUGUCAUUCCGAGCAAGGAAAUCAAACGGAGAGAUGGAGGCAGCAGUGGUCAUCGGCUUCGCUCAGAUGACCGAUGACACACGCCUCGAUUUUUUUGUUUUUUUGGUGUGUUUUUGAUGAAAAAUGAGCCACCAGAAGCAGAAUGCAAGGAACGCAAAUAGUGCCCACCAUAGUUACUAGACUGCGAGACGUAUAAUUAGAUUCAGAGUUCAUCUUAGAAGCAAGUGAGACCACAAGGACCAAAACCUCCACCUGACAUCAUCUAUUGGGGAACUCUUGUGAAGAUCUGUUACGCCACCUAAGCCUAACCCAUGGCGAUCAAAACCGAGGUUCCUCCAAAGGAGACCAUUCCUUUACGGGAUGUCUACAUCAUGAUUGGAAUCGUUUUCGUCUUCGUUUGCGUCCUGUUUACCGUCCUGACACUUCAGCGUCAGUAUGACGAGCGCAAAUGGGCUGAACGAGAAAAAAAAGCUGUGAAAAAAAGCGAAUGACAAAAAGCAGGCCUAUUCUGUAUUUCGAUUCUGCGACUGCAGCAAGAUGGAACCUUGAGCGUAAGCCUCUGGAUGUAGAAGUUGUUGAAAAAAGCAAUCUUUUGCUCUUUCCGUUCAUUGUAUCGCUUCGCCGGCUUCUUGUGCCUAGUCCUCCACCAU